CUUGGCGUCACGGCUACACGUAGGCGCAGCGACGCAGCACGUAGGGGAAUGUCAGCGUAACGGCGUUAUGGAAUUAGAAGGGAUUGACGUCCCCUAAGCUGAGGGUCUGGGGUUGGAGCAUCUAGACCACGUUAUAAUACUGGUAAUCCAUCUGGAACAAAUUGAUUGCUGCUCUGACUGAGAGUUGUCACACUGAAUAGAUGUUAUCGUCAGGAUUCUUCAUUGAUGGAUACGGUUCUAAAAUGUCUACCCUCCAACCCAGACGACCAUUGCUCACAACGAUGCAGACUUGGUCCCAAAGCGAUGGCUUUGAUUGGAGCAAAAGUCGGAUUCCCGGUUCUUGUCUCCUUGCAGAGUGGAAGCUGCUUGUGCACUGCUUGGCCCAGGAGAGAUCUGUGCGAUGGCUUUGUGCAAGCUGAUUAUAUGUGCUCGACUUCACAUAAACCCAUGGCUGUAUUUAAGGACACCGGCAUAUGUUUAAAUCAGAUAAAAUCCAUGGCUUCUACCAAACUCAGAAAGGUCUCAGUGAAAGUUGUAGUGAGAAGCCUAGAUGUGAAGCGGGCUACCUCAGAAGCAGCACUCCUUGAGACUGUCAGAGAUCUACUAAGAAACGUUUUUGUGCUGAAUGAUUAUGUGUUAUCUGUAAAUGCAGAUUCCCCAGUUGUUCACAUUGAAAUACUUGAUACAGAUCCUGCAACAAGCAAUGCCGGCCUUAUUACAGGCAAAACAAGCAUAGUCAUUAAAGAAGUCAUCACCCUUGAAUGGUACAAACAUAAGUUACAGGAGGCCCCUCAAUUAAAGGUUGCGGCUAUGGAUGACACGUGUGCCUCACUAAAGGAAAUAAUUCAUAUGCCGUUACAUUAUCCAGAGACCAUGCACAAACUUGGCCUCCCUUGCCCGAAAGGUGUUCUCUUGAUUGGGCCCCCAGGGGUUGGAAAGACCCUUUUGGUAAAGGCUGUAGCUAGAGAAGUCGGGGCGUAUGUAAUUGGCCUGAGUGGUCCCGCAAUUCACGGCUCAAGACCUGGAGAAAGCGAAGAGAAUUUACGGAAGAUUUUUGAAAAAGCAAGAGAAGCUGCAUGUAGUGGCCCAGCUCUGCUCUUUAUAGAUGAAGUUGAUGCCUUAUGUCCUAAACGUGGCCAUUCAAACAGUGCUCCCGAAAACCGCGUUGUUGCUCAGCUGUUAACUCUAAUGGAUGGUAUUGACAGUGACAAUAAGAUGGUUACUGUAGCUGCAACAAGCAGGCCUGAUGCCAUUGAUCCAGCAUUAAGAAGACCAGGCAGAUUUGACAGGGAGGUAAUCAUUGGAACUCCUACUCAUAAGCAACGGCAAGCUAUUCUGGAAAUGAUGAUAUCAAACAUGCCCACUGAUAGAGAUGUAGAUGCGGCAGCCUUGGCAGAUGUGACAGUGGGAUAUGUUGGUGCCGAUCUCACUGCCCUGUGCAGAGAUGCAGCUAUGCAGGCUGUACUUCAGGCCAGUUUGGACAGUCUGUGUAAUUUAGUGAGCAGAGCACAUUUUUAUGAAGCAUUUAAAAGGAUUCGACCCUCUUCCGCACGAAGCUCAAUUGGUCGGGUGGAGUUUAAGCCAGUUCAUUGGGAGCAUAUUGGAGGUCUUGAAGAUAUCAAGCACAAGCUAAGACAGAGCAUUGAGUGGCCCAUGAAGUAUCCAGAAGCUUUCAGUAGGAUGGGACUCACACCACCAAAAGGAGUUCUACUGUACGGGCCUCCUGGAUGUGCCAAAACCACAUUAGUAAAAGCUGUGGCAACAAGUUGUCAUUGCUCCUUCUUCUCUAUCAGCGCAGCAGAUCUUUUCUCUCCAUAUGUAGGAGACUCUGAAAAGACUUUGGCACAGGUGUUCAGACAAGCGAGGGCUAGCACUCCAGCCAUUGUUUUCCUUGAUGAAAUUGAUGCCAUGGUGGGGGCCCGAUCAGAAAGUAGAACAGGAUCUGGGGUCCAGGAAAGGAUCCUUUCUGUUCUCCUUAAUGAGUUGGAUGGCAUAGGCUUAAAGACUACAGAACGAAGAGAAACCACAAGGCUGUUGGAGAGUGAAGAGCAUUCAGAUGAGAAGCUGGAGUUUCAGGAGGUUCUGAACAAAGCCGUUAUGAUUGUAGCAGCAACAAACAGGCCUGAUACCUUAGAUGAUGCAUUGCUGCGACCUGGGAGACUGGACAAACUCCUGUAUAUUCCACUCCCAGAUGAAAAGGCACGAUUAUCUAUACUAAGGAUCUGUACUGCAAGUACCCCUUUAGCUGAUGAUGUGGAUCUAGAAACCCUGGCAGCUGAAACACCACUUUACUCUGGAGCUGAUCUACAGAACCUCUGCAAAGAGGCUGCCUUGACUGCACUACAUGAAAGUGGACUACACACUUCUUCUGUUAAACAAGAACAUUUUGAGAAAUCUUUGACAUCAGUAAAACCAUCUCUGAGUGUUAAAGAUUUGGGAAUGUAUAAAAAGUUAUGUGGCCGUGCCAUUAACUAUAAGAGCAGCAAUAUAUUUACUAAUAUAACUUAGCUAUAUUACAUGCUAUAAAUGGACUGUAUGCACAAAGAAUGGUGGAUGGACCGUGGACACAUGAACACAGUACUUGUGUUUCUGUUAAGUGGAUGCAACUUUUUAAAUAGGACACAUGUUCAUUCAGCUAAUCUACAGCAUAGCUGGUCAACUAGCCAUGGACUUUUUUUUUAUGCCAUUAUUUUGACAUUUUCCCCCUUAGAUUUGGCACUCUGUGUGAGUAAGAAAAUAUUGGGCAGGACAGUAUACAUUGUCCCCAGUCUCAGAUUCUAUAGCAGAAAAGAGAAACUAAGUCAUUAUUCUUAUAUAUACAUAAAUGGUUUAUUAUUUAUAAAAAGGCAUUUUUAUCCUCCUGCAUUCAUUGCAGUGCAUUAUGCAUUUACACUAUAGACAUAAACAUCACCCUCCCAAGUGAAUAAAAACACAACUUCAGUUUGUCAUUUACAUGUAUUAUUCUUCUUUAAAAUGUAUUUUUCUGGCAAUCAAAACAUUAAUAAAUAUGUUAUUACAACCCUCUGUGCAUUUGUUACAGAAUCAUUUUUAUUCUGUCAUAAGAUUUUGUAAAGAAAGAAAGGCAAGAGGCAACAAUUCAUCAAAACUUUGAAAU